AUGGCUGCGACCGACCCAGCACUACAAGAUCCUCUCUUGUCUCUCCGGCGGGCCAUUGCUGCCGGCAAUCUCCCCACACCGACGACCUCCGACGAGCUGUCCGAUCAACAUGCGACAGAGAACCUGGCGGAGGCGACACACCUAUAUUUCUCCCAGCCAAUUCCACAAACGCUCGCCCUUAACACACCGACGCGAUUUAUCUCCGCAUCGACUAAUUCGGCCGUGGACCUUCGCAGCAUCUUCUUCGCGUGGCAGAAAAAGGAUGUCGCGAUUCCUGAGUACAUCGCCUCUGCGCAGGAGCUGAACGAGGCUCUCAAAACAAAGGAGCCUCAAGAAACCGGGAAGGAAGAGAUCGUUCAGAAUCUUGUGUUUGUUGAGCGUCUCGAUCUCAUUACUUGGCUGGAGGGUGCUGCCGAUGAUAUCGAAUACAUCAAACCUCUCGAAGGCGCUGCGGCGGCUGCCGAGGCCGCGGCCGUGGCUGCUGGUCAGGCUCAAGCAGACGCUUCGGCUGGGAUUGCAUCAGGUGCGACUGGCGGCAUCACCGCAGUGCCUAGUGGCCCGACCGGUGCAGUGUCUGGCCAAGCCGGCCGUCCGCAGAAGCAGAUUGAUCCUCGGCUGCAGGAGAUUUACAAUGGCGAGCGAAAGACAGGGGACCGGAAUACAGUGCUACGGGGAAUCAAGCCCACGGAUUUCUCUCACGUCCGCAAGAGCGCCGCAUUGUUCUUAGACCGCAGCCGUGAUCGUACGGGUCAAUCAGGCGCCAAAACAGGAAAUAAACCUUCCUCAAUGGUGCCCGCUCCUUCUGCUGGGUUAUCAAUGACCUCCUCCCGCAAGCCCAGCUCACGCCCCGAUCCUAUCAUCCUCCUCUCCCCCUCCGCCUCCUCUCUCAUUCGCAUGUCCAAUAUCAAGUCUUUCCUGCAAGAUGGCCUCUUCGUACCCCCUGACCACCCAGAGUACAGCACAUCCACGGAUGCCAACUUCAUGGAAUUGCGGCGCCCGUUACGCCUCAAAAAUGACCCCUCCAACCCGAACUCCAGCAGCAUCGGGUCAUCCACGGGUGGCCGAGGCCUGAAGCCCACCAAGUUCAUUCUAGUUGACGGCACCUCCAACUUCAAGCCGGAGUAUUGGUCACGGCUGGUCGCUGUCUUCACCACUGGCCAAACCUGGCAAUUCAAGUCAUAUAAGUGGUCCUCACCCCCGGAGCUGUUCAAGCACGCAACCGGCAUUUACGUCGGCUGGCGCGGCGAGGAAGUCCCGGGGCAAGUGAAGGGUUGGGGCCGUGGCGUGAACAGCUUUGCUGUCGAGCGAUGGGACGAAAAAAGCGGCAAGAACGGACCUAACCGCUGGCGCGACCGGGAGGUGGUCGAGGGCAUCUGGACUGCCAUUGAAGAAGGCAUGAAGCUGCGCGGAUGGGGGUCGAAAUAA